AUGCUCUUGGGCAACAUCAACCGGAUCUCAAUCUUCUUGGCCCUGGUGUAUCUGUGUACCAGCGGCCAAGGAGCUCGCAUAGUAAUUGGCUAUCGUGUAGUCGCAGAAGCAGAAGCCCGUAGAAUCAAAGAUACAAAAACCCCGUUCAGAGAUCCGGCCCAUGACAGCGAGUUCGGAAGCCAGAUUGGCAAUGGCGUUUACCUGGGUAAGGCCAUCCCCGGCGAGUUACCUACGGUCACGCACGGUUGGAUAACUGACCAGCAUAUAUCCGCAGUCGAAAGACCAGGGGGAUGGCGAGAGACUAAGGGGAGAGAAAACUUCCACUGCGUCUUCAAAGCAGACGAGGACAAAUUCGACGAUGCCGCUAAAGCCUGGGUUCCGUCAACCUACUGGGAUGAGGGGGAAAGGUCCAUUGCGCAGUACAUCCGGGGAUUCGGUGAAGAUCCAGACGAGACGGUACGCAUCUCAUACAUUGCUGGCUACGGAAAAACCUUGCAGAUGCUCCUUCCUACCAGCAUGGUGAAUGCGGACACACUUGACAUUUACGCAAAAUGUUUCCCAUCGAAGGCAGAACUGAUGGAGUAUGAAAACGAGAUUGUUGACUGGAGGGACUGGAACCUUUAUGGAGAACCUGGUGAGCCUGGAUUGUAG